UCAAUACGGAGGGUAGGAUUACAACUUUCACACGACUGAUUCAUUCACUAGAUUAGAACAAGCAUCGCACAAUUACUAUCCACUACUACAAAAAUGCAAUUGUGACCUGUCUCACGUGAUGUAGGGCUGACCCACGUACACAUACAUGAUUACGUGGACAUGACCGAACUCAGUCUUCUAUUACGUACACAAUUAUCAGAUUUAAACAACAAUCCUAAAUUUAUCAAUGGUUUGGGUUUCCACACAAAAUUAUUUUGGUUAUAAAUAGUGUUUGAGUAUCUAUAAAUUGGGUUCCUUCCUUACCCAAUUCUCAAACGGAUCCAAGAUGUCGGGAUUCAUCGAGAAAAUCGGAGAGAAGCUCCACAUCGGCGAGCAUCAUCACGAGGCGCACAAAGGCGAGCAUCAUCAUAAAGACGCGCACAAAGGCGAGCAUCACCAACACGCGCACAAAGGCGAGCACAAGGUAGGCCUGGUCCACAAGAUCAAGGACAAGAUCCAUGGAGAUCAUCAUCACCACGACAAAGGCGACAAGAAGAAGAAGAAAGACAAGAAAAAGAAGGACCACGACCACCACCAUGACGGUGGCCAUAGUAGCAGCGACAGCGACUGAUCCGCCACCGUCAUUUCUUCUCAUUUCUUUUAUUUUACAAAAUUACUUUAAAAAAACA